AUGGACGCCGCCACCGUUCUGGAGGAGUAUCUAUCGGAUUUAACCAAUCUGCCGACAGAUUUGGCCUACAUUCUGGAUGAAAUCCACAGCAAAGAUGAAAAGCUUCGAGAAGCACAAAAGAGAGUGCUCGCUAGAGACGGGGCGAUUCAGAAACACAUCAAAACUCACGGCUCGUUGAGUGAAUUCCCCAAGGAGUCGCAAACAUAUUCAAAAAUUCGCUCCGAUAUGCAGGAAAGCGCUGCUCUACAACAGGACAAGUGUGUGCUGGCCAACACGGGCCUUUACAUUAUUUCGCGCCAGGUCAAAAAGUUGAAUGAUCAAAUCAAACAGCUCGAGAACGAAGGUCUGUUGGUACCUGCUCAAUCAGACGAGGAGGAAGUCAAGUUUGUGCCCGAACCGGCCCGCACUGUCUCAGCCACUCGCCGUCAAUCAGAGCUCAAACGACCAACUCCUCCCCGAGACAGAACACCAAGUAGCGGGCCAGCAAUGAAACGCCAACGUACAGACACACAACCACGCCGCCCUAACAAUGUUGACGAAGAAGAAACAACGUAUUGCAUUUGCCAACAACCCUCGUUUGGCGAAAUGGUGGCUUGCGACAACCCAAAUUGUCAGUACGAGUGGUUCCACUGGGAAUGCGUGGGCCUCACAGAGCCCCCGACGGGAACAUGGUUUUGUCCUACCUGUGCUGCUCAACGCAGCCGCAAAUAG